AUGUCCGAACCUACGUCCGAAUCCUUGAAGACCUCCCGUUUUACCUACCGACAUCUACAAGGACUGCGACACGGGUCAACGGCAACGCCCCUGCGCGUGAUUGCGCAUAUCGAUCUCGAUGCCUUCUACGCACAAUGUGAAAUGGUGCGCUUAGGGACGCCACGCGAGACACCUCUAGCAGUGCGACAGUGGGACUCUUUGAUCGCUAUCAACUAUGCGGCACGGCCCUUUGGCAUCAGUCGGUUGAUCAAUGUGACCGAAGCCCGGAAACUCUGUCCAGAUCUCGUCCUACAACAUGUCGCGACAUUUCGAGAAGGAGAGGGAGGACGAUGGGCAUAUCGAGAUGAUUCGUUCAAGAAUAUUCAAACAGAUAAGGUUUCACUGGAUCCGUACCGCGCACAAUCCCGGAAGAUCCUUCAGACGAUGAAAGACGCCCUAGCUACCUGGAGUACAAAUGAUGUGGAAGGGGAAACUCCGCGUCAGGCACAAGGGGUUUCGGCCAGCUUGGAGAAAGCCAGCAUAGAUGAGGUCUUCAUUGAUCUAUCUCCCUUGAUCUUCAAGGUGCUCCUUGAAAGAUACUCAGAGCUUCGGACGGGUGUCCAAGAUGAGAACCGGGAUGCGCAACUACCCGUACCUCCAACUUCGGCCUUACAAUGGGACACCGACUGCUUGAUUGAUUUGAAUGAAAAUGAAACAGAAGAGGAUGACCCAGAUUGGGAUGAUAUCGUUAUGUUGAUAGGAUCUGAGAUUGUGAGAUCGGUUCGGAACGCGGUGUGGGAAAAGCUCAGCUACACCUGUUCCGCGGGAAUUGGUCGCAACAAAAUGAUUGCAAAGCUGGGAAGUGCUUGCAACAAGCCUAAUUUGCAAACUAUCGUACGAAACCGGGCUGUGCAGAAUUUCCUGGGCAGUUACAAGUUCACCCAGAUCAGGAUGCUCGGUGGUAAACUAGGCGAACAAAUCAUCGACGCAUUCAAGACAGAGAAAGUACAUGAUUUGCUCAAUGCGUCCCUUGAGCAACUCCGUACCAAGCUAGAUGACCACAUGGCAUCUUGGCUCUACGGCAUUAUACGCGGAGAUGACCGCAGUGAGGUCAACCCUCGAACUCAAAUCAAGUCUAUGCUGUCAGCGAAAUCUUUCCGACCGAGUAUCAGUUCAGUUGAACAGGCCGAGAAAUGGCUUCGCAUUUUCGCGGCGGAUAUCUACGGCCGGCUGGUGGAGGACGGCGUGCUUGAAAACAGACGUCGCCCGAGGGUCAUCACUUUACACCACCGAACCUCUCAGCCUCAGCCUCGUUCCAAACAGAUGCCUAUUCCAGCCUCGAGUACAAUCGAUGAGAAUUUGCUUUUCGACCUGGCGAACAACUUGCUCCGUCAAGUCGUAGCCGAGGGACAAGCAUGGCCAUGUUCCAACCUGUCAUUGAGCGUGGGAAGCUUCCAAGAAGGCGUUACCAACAACAGAGCCAUUGAAGGUUUCUUGCUUCGCGGUGAUCAAGCAAAGGCUUUGAACCAUGUUUCAAGUCUUCGCGAUGUCGACGCCCUUCCCAGCGAGCAACCGACUGAGAAACGGCGAAAGACUGACGGCGGGAUGAUCAAGUCAUUCUUCGGAAAACCAUCAUCUCCGGAAAACACUGGUGCAAGUGGACCAGAAAGUCCACAGCCACCUCCCGAAGCCGAAACAGAACUAGCAGGGAUCUCCCGCUACACAUGCCCACGGUGCUCAAAGUCGAUUAUUGAGUAUGAAAAAGAGGAGCACGAGGAUUGGCAUUUCGCCAAAGACCUUGCAAGCCAGGACCGCGAGGACGCCAGAGCUUCACAGCCGCCACCGCCACCCACAACAAGUAAUACGCAAGGCUCGUCUGCUCGUGGAAGAGGCGGCCGGGCUGGAGGUGGUCGUGGCAAACCCGAGAAGGGGCAGAUGCGACUGGCCUUUCAGUAA